AAACACAAACAGCGGCCACCGGCCCCGCCUCCCAGCACAGAGGGAAACGGAAGGGAGAGGAACCUCCCUGCGUGGCUCAAGUUUCCGGAGGGGACAGCGGGGCCUGCUCCCUGUCCGCAGGCGGAGAGCCCCCGUCCCAGCGACGCCCAUGCCGGGCUUCGAGCUAGCGCCCGCGGACGGGGGCUGCCCGGUGGCGCUGCCGCCCGGCCAGACAGUGCUGGGAAGAGGCCCCCUGCUGGGACUCUGAGGUAGACACAUGUCUGCAUAAUCCCAGCCCAGAGGGCUAAGCACCAUAUUAACUACCUGGAUGGAUAUAUCCCAUUUAUGCUGUUAAAGAAGCCAUCUACUGUUGUUUGUAAUGGUAGUAAAGAUUACAGACAAGAGAGUAUCCCGAAAACAUGCCAUAUUGGAAGUGGUGGGUGACCAGCUUCGCAUCAAACCGGUCCAUGUAAAUCCUUGUUUUUAUCAAUCACCUGAGAAUAGCCAUCUAUUACCAUUGGAAACAGAUGAAUGGCACGCUUUGAGCCCAGGUGACAGCUUUUCCCUGUUAAUCGACAAAUAUAUUUUCAAGGUCCUCUCUACACACUCAGAUGUGGAAAGCACACUAAGGAAAAAUAGCAAGAUUGCUGCAGAUGAAACAGCAAAUAAAUCCUCUUCAAGUGGUCAUCCUAUCAAGAUGUCUUGUGAUCCAUCUUUAGUAGAAUUAACAUCAUGUUCCAAUAAUAACAUGCAAGUGAAAGUACAUUCUCUAUUGGAAAGGACAGCAGAAAUUCCAAAAAAUGAGACUUCUUCCAAGAGUUUGUUUUUUUCUGCUAGUUGUUAUGAAAGUGAGGAGCUAAAACCUGUCUGGAGGAAAAGAAUGCUUCCAUCUUGGAUGUUGCAAGGAGACCUCGUGGUUCAAAGUCUUUCAACUCCAGUCACUAAAAGAGGUGGUGGAGUAACAAAAGGCAAAGGGAGAGGAAAAAACGAUAUGGAACCAUCAAAGUCAAGAGCAAAUGUGCAAGGGAGAAAACGGUUAGCUUGUGAAGAGCGUUUAGGGGAUUUCAAAGAGAUGGGACAGGAUCAGGGAAAAAAGAGCAAAACUACUGAAGAGGAAGCCACUGGCCCCCCAUCACGGGAUGCAUCGGGAAUACCUCUUAGCAGGAAUGAUGAUAAGACUGUGUCACAAAAGAUUGAAAGUUCUGUGGAGAAAAGUGAUUGUCAGCUCCACAGCAAGAGGCCUGACCACAGGCUAGAUGCAAAAAGCCAGCUCUCCACUGACACAAAUAAAAUGAAUGAAAGGGAAAACAAAUACGAGGUAAUCCAUUCUGCAAGCCAACAGACUCACCAGGACAAGCCAUCCCACUCUCAUGUUUCCCUAGCUGACACUCAAGAGCUUGAUUUAAAUCAGGAUCCUGAAGCUGAAGAUUUUAACUCAGCCAGAAGCACAGAUGCUCUACAGAGUUCUAAACAAACCAAGCAGAAGAGAACACCCUGCAUGUAUGGGACAGGUUGCUACAGGAAGAAUCCAGUUCAUUUUCAGCAGUUCAGUCACCCUGGUGAUCGUGAUUAUCAUGACGUGGCGGUUGUAAGUCAAGAUGAUGAUGAUGACAGACCUGAAUGUCCAUAUGGAACUACUUGUUAUAGGAAGAAUCCACAGCACAAGCUUGAAUAUAAGCACACUGCACCUCCAGAAACUGAAACAAGAAGAACCAGACAGAAAACUACUAAAAGAGGAAAAAGUGUUUUGGAGGAGGACAGCGAUAAUGAUGGUGAACCGAAUGAAUAUGAUCUGAAUGACAGCUUUCUAGAUGACGACGAGAAAGAGGAGUAUGACCCUACUGAUGAAGAUUCCGAUUGGGAGCCAGAUCCUGAAGACAAAGAUAACGAAGAUGUUGAAACACUUUUGAAAGAAGCACAAAAAUUUAUUAAAACCAAAAAGUAGUUUUGUCCAAAUGAUGUGAAGUACUUACAGCAUACCUGUUUACAGGAUUGGUGGGGGCUGGGGAAUGACUUUGAAAGCCAACUUUACCCGUGCUUGAGACACUACAAACGGAUUUUUAAUGAGGAAAAAAUGAGCAACAGCUUCAUUUUCUUUUGAUACACAUUGUUUUACCUUCGACUUCUUAACUGAUGAAGUCAAAUAAUAAAGUCUGGGAUUAUAUUGUGGUUUAACUGAAGACUUUUUUUUUAAAACGUCUCUUUUCCAACUUCUUAGCAGCUCAUAUUGUCAGAGGGAGGAUUAAUGGGUUUGAAUGUAGCUAUUAACAUUCCUCAUGAAUAUCUUUCUAUGCUUGCAAAAAAAUAAGGAUUGUCGACCUACCUUAAGGAGGUUUAUAGUUUUGCGAAGGUGUAACAUAUUCCAUGCUAAAUAAAGAAAAAGUAAUAUUGAACAACUUUUUUUAUGGCAGAUCAAAUCAUUCUCAGUUCAAUAGGAAGUCUUUGUUAAACCAGUUAUUUUUAUUAGUUUGUUAUUCAGCUAUCCUACACUAUUGUAUUAAGUUUUACCAGGCUGUUAAUAGUGGAUGUCUUCACUUUAUAAUUGCACUUAUUUCUCUGACAUUCCUGGUGUAAAUUGCUAAUUUUGAAAACUGUCUAAAUAACUUGGGGAAACCCAUUUUUUAAAAUUUAUGCUAAAUUUCAAAUUAUGUCCCCAAAUCAAUUCUAGUGUAUCUUUUUUUCCAGUCAGUGUACAUUGAUGAUACUGUCAAUUUAUGUUUAAAUGGCUGGUUCUACAAACUGACUAAAUUAUGCUGAGCUUAUUUAAGUGAAGCUUGUAGUUUGUUUGCCUAAUGCUUCCCAUUAAGGCCCUGUUUUCAAUUGGCUUGUAACUUUCCCUAACUUUUAAACUUUUCAGACUGAAUGUUAAUGGAAAGUUUCAGCAAAAAUGGUUUAGCCGUUACUGAAUACAAGGUUAGGAGAAAAUACAUUAUUUUGCCUUGAUUUAAAAAAUAUCUUAAAACCAUUUUGUUGAGAAGAUCCAGCACAUCCAUGCUUUGGAGCAGGGAUUUGAAAUUUAGCAGAGGGAGGGGGUUGUCUCCCUGGUUUCAGGGAUGUGCCUUUUGCCGUCCUGGUGAAAAUCUGCCCAUAUUUAGUAAAGAGCCUCCAUACAUUGCACUUUGCACAUGCUCACUAGAAGCUUGUUAGAGUUUGGCAGCUGACUUCUCUGAAGAUUGCGUCUGCGCUGAGUAUGCUCCAUCCCCUCACAGCGCCUGCAUUUAAUCAGGCUGCGCAAGCACCAUCACCGCAGAAUGACUGAGCAUGCCCCUCUCCAGGGGCUCUGUGGCACUUUCUCUACAGUUGCUUCUCCCAGAGGCCAUGGGUCACUGUGGGGCUCAGUACAGGAACUGAGAGCAGAGUCUUUUCUGUGCUGUCAGUGAUCUUCCUGGUGAUGCCUAGGCAGUGAGGAAGAGGAGGAAGGGACUUGAUUGGAAUUCUGAGGCGCGAAGGGGGUUGGGGGGCAGCAUGGUUCCACAUGUUAGGAUUGUUUUUUCUUUUUUUUUAAAAAAUGAAGCUAUGGCAGAGGAAAAAAUAGCAUGUGAUCAUGUAAUUAAAGAUUGUAUCAUAGCGUGUAUGCACAAGGAGGCUGAAUUAAGGUUAUGUGGGCAUUCCUUAUGCAGGAAUUUACUAACUUUUGAAGGCUUGACUUUGCAAAUAUAACAUUCUUGUAACGUCGGGGAGUUUUGUAUGUAAUAGUAUGUAUAUUGGCUUGUAUCUCCAUGUCUGCAAAGGCACUACGGGUUUUCAGAAAUGUUCUCAGCCAUUAAGAUUUGUGAUUUGACAAUUAUUUAAUUUUUUGAAAGGGCUUCAGCGAAGGAGUUCAAAUAACCUGCUAGUGUCUAAAUCUGUAUUGAGCUGUAUUUGGAAGCAAUAUAAUAUUUUCAAAAAUUGUGCAUCAGAAAUCUGGCUCAGACUUUAGAAGAUUGAGUAUGAAUGAUGACUCAUGAUCUUGUUCUGCAUGUUGAGAAUUUGGGAAUAAUUUGUUUACUGUCAGAGUUGUUUCACUUGAAAAUAAUUCUAGUCAUAGAUGAGUUUUCUGCGUUUAUCUGAUUUCAUAUGUGACCUUAGCAACAUUCAGCAAGCAGAAACAUUCUGUACAGUAGUGUCACAAUAUGAAUGUCCAUCUGAGCCGCUCCAAAGAGUUGAAUUAGAAUUUUCUAUUAAAAUAAAAGUAGCGAUUUUCAUCUGUGGAGGUUAUCAAGGUCAUACAUGUAAUCACAAAAACAAAUCUAGAAAUCACUUGUAGCUUUACAUAAUAUUAUUAAAUAUAAUCCCCCCAGGAUUGAAAUAAAAAUUAUAUAGAGAGGGUAACUGACCAACUGUUAUCAAGAGCCCGCCACAUUUGUUAUAGUAGUAUGCUGCAGUAUCGUCUACUUAAGUCAAGCCUGAGUUCUGAUAUUUUUCCUUUUUGUCUCCCCCUCUCAAAAGCAAAAUAACUUUUCCAUGCUUCCAGUCUGAAAUGUGAUGGAUUUGUUGUAGCUCACGAAAGCUUAUGCUCAAAUAAAUUGGUUAGUCUCUAA